AUGGAAACUAGAUUUACGGUGCAUCUGGUCUUGAAUCUUCUAAUUGGAACGAAGGCAAUUAAUUCAUGUGAGAAAUCUAUUCCUACUCUCGCCUACGUAAAAGAAUGUCCAAAAACGGAGGAAGAAUGGUUUGCUGCAGCUAAACGAAAACAAUGUGAUGUUGUAGAGCAGAGUUGUUCUACUGCAGACAAUUUUCAAUACCACUGCGUAAUCAACCCUUAUGCUAAUGCCACAGUCGAAGUAUGUGCUCCUGUCCGGAAUAUCAUCGGACACUGUGCAGAAUACAAUUACGGGAGAAAAAGCAUUCAAGAUCACCAAAACUUUAAAUAUCAAGAAUGUUAUGAUAUUGUGACGAAACAAAGUGAAGAGAUUUUUAAUUCAACGACAGAGAGUGCUGGACCCAUUCAAAGACAAGACGUUCAGAACAUCAGCGGAUACAACUAUGUUUUAGUUUUGACAAUAUUUAACACAGUUUUGAUAGUGAUAAUGACCUUGUUUAUGACUAUAGUCGGAAUAAGAAAGAUAAUGAAGUCUUUUACUGGGGUAUCUUCUACUGGCACGUAUAAUUUACUAGAAGAAAGUGACGCAGCUGAUCAUCCAAUGUCCAUCCUUCCGUCUAGCUUUUCGUCUGUCCGUCUGUAAACUUUUCAUAUUUUCAACUUCUUUGCAGGAACCACUGGGCUAAUUUGAACCAAAUUUUCUACAAAGCAUCCUUGGGUGAAGGGAUAUGUAAAACAUAAAAUGCAAAAAAAAAAUGAGUCUUCUUUCCUAGAGAAGAUAAUCAAGAAACGACAAAAAUUAAAAUGGGUUAUUUAAAAUUUUUCAUCUCAAGAACCACUGGACCAGAAAAGCUAAAACUUAGGUGAAAAUA